UGUGACAUCCGUCUUUUUAGUCCCGUGACACGGCUGUAAUUGUUAGCAGUCAGCAAGAAACGCCGCGGUGUGGUAAAUGAUAUGUUAUUUGUUCUAUGAGCAGUCACGUUCGCCAUUAAUAUAACGUCUGCUGAAGCACGAUGUUAUCUCGUCUAUUGAAGGAGCACCAGGCAAAGCAAAAUGAGCGGAAGGAGCUGCAGGAGAAACGCAGACGUGAAGCAAUUGCUGCAGCCACUUGUUUGACAGAAGCCCUGGUAGACCACCUCAACGUUGGAGUUGCACAGGCAUAUGUAAACCAGCGAAAGCUUGACCAUGAGGUUAAGACUCUCCAAGUGCAGGCAAGCCAGUUCUCCAAACAAACUGCUCAGUGGAUCAGUAUGGUGGAGGGUUUCAAUCAAGCAUUAAAGGAAAUUGGAGAUGUAGAAAACUGGGCACGCAGUAUUGAGAUGGACAUGAGGACAAUAGCAACAGCGCUGGAGUAUGUACACAAGGGUCAGCUUCAGUCUGCUUGCUCAUAAACCAUGAACGUGUACGUGCUGGACAUUUGCAAGUGAAACUGAAUACACUGGAAUAACAUUUAAAUCUACUUGAGUUGACCCCUAUCAGCGAAUAUGUGUUUUGCCUUUGUCAGCAGUUUAUUUGCUUGUCUGCCAGGGCAGCUCAGAUGAACAUCAGAAUUCUGCUGCUUUAACAAUUAAAUGCACAUGUGCAGAAAUUGUAGGUAUGUUGUUGUGUUAGCAGCAGUGUUGGAGGUGCUUACAGAUCAAGGUUGCAACAACCUAAAUAACAGUAGAUAAAUAUUUAGAAUAGAAUAGUUCAUGUACAAAUGGGGAGGGGGGGGUGCAAAGAGUCACCUGUGGCCCUACUUUUU